GUUAUCUCUAAUUACGCGAAGGGCCGGACGCCUCCCGGUGUGAACACCUGGCAAUUCAACUUCAGGUUUGACAAGAAUCGCGACAAACUCGCCAAAGACUCCAUCGAUCUGCUCGUCAACAGUGGCCUCAACUUCGACCGAAUGGCGUCCGCCGAUGGCAUCGAUGCGACCGAUUUCGCGGAACUGCUGACCACUUCUGGUCUGGUCCUUAACGAGAGCACCCGCUGGAUCUCAUUCGAUGGCUGUUACGACUUCGGCUAUUUGUUGAAGAUAUUGACGGACGAGUGUUUGCCCUCCACUUUGCAAGAGUUCACCGAAUUGUUGUCCAUUUUCUUUCCGGUUGUUUAUGACAUAAAACUGGUGUUGAAUUGUAUUAAGGGAUACGCCGGAAGUCUACAAGACGAAAGCCUUCAGUUGGAUGUUCGGCGAUACGGCGCUCCCCAUCAGGCCGGCAGUGAUAGCCUAUUGACCGGCAAUACAUUCUUCAGACUCCUUGACUACUAUAAAGUGAGACCCGAAGACACGUAUCAAUACAGCGGACAUCUGUAUAGAUUGAGUCCACAUAGCAGUGAUCACAACCGAAUUAGUCCCGAUUCUACCGAUUCUUGCGAUUCCACAUCUAUUACGAAUGGAAACGACUAUUAUUAGUGGUUUUAUUAUUGUUAUAUUAUAUUAGAGAAAUUAACAUUAUUACUGUAUAAUCAUUAUAUUCAACACAAAUCUCAUAUUUAAAAAUCAAUUAAUAGUCAAUAGUUAUAAAAAUGUGAAUAAUAAAUAAAACAAUGAAAGUAUUUUAAUCAAUA